AUGGCGCCCUCCGUCAACCCCCCGCCGACAAGGAAGAAGCAGGCCAACAUCGAUCGCGUGCGCAAGAUCCUUCACGGCGUCCAACGCGAGGAUUCCGACGAUGAACUCGGCGACGAGGACCUCCCGUGGGAAUGGAUCCACUCUGGGGAAUCGGGAGCCACCCCCGACCAGGGACGCACCAGGAUUGGCGCCAGGAUGGGGCAGUUCAAUGUCGGCAUUGGGGACUGCGUGCUCAUCAAGGGGGAAGGGCUGCAGGGCGAGGCCUAUGUCGGCAUGAUAUGUGAGUUUGACGAGGAGGGGAGGAUUGAGGAUGGGGACGAGGUUGGCAUGAUGGCGAAUGUCAUGUGGUUUUCCACCGAGUUUGAGGUCAAGAAUAAGGAGAAGAAGAGGACGGAUUAUUUGCCGGUUCGUUUCUCUCCUCUGCUUACAUGCUUUUGCGCGCUGACUUUGGCGAUAGAAUGAGCUUUACCUCAACCCCUCCUAUAAUCUUAUUCCCCUGCCGUCGAUAAACGGCCGAGCAAAGAUUCUUUCCCCUCAGAGGUACAAGGAAGAGUAUCCCAACGGCGUGCAGAAGAGAUCCAAGGAUUAUGGGAAGGUUUUCAUUUGCCGACGGGGAUGCAAUCCUAGGACUGCCACUUAUACCCCCGAGUUUGUCUGGGAGGAGUUUUGGAAGGGGAGGGACACCGAUAUCGCCUCUGUUGGGGAGAUGGUGUACAAUGGGACCAAGGCGGUUAAGCGGAGGGAAAACAAGGCUGUUGGCCAGGGCGCACGGAGGCCCAAGAGGCGCAGAGAGGGUGAUGGGGACGGCGAGGCGGAUCAGGAAUGGGAUCGGGAUACCUUGGACGAGAGUGAAAUUGCGGAGCUGGACGAUGUGGUGGAGGAUGAUCCCAACUUCAGCCGACGGACUAAAGCUCCCCGCACUCCAAGCAAGAAAAAGAGGGCAUCUACUCUCACCACUCCGACCAGACGGACCCCCGGAAGCGCCUCGAAGAAGUACACUACUCCUACACACAAGAGGUUAGACAAUCCGUCGAUUCGCCUGGGUGACUGCUAACACCUCUCCAGAAUAGUGGUGAAGAAACCGCUGCUCUUUACUCCUCUUUCGACUCGUACACUGUCUCCGGGCACCCACUUGUCCACCCCUUACGCACUCGCACGCCACCGGUUGCACGUAUCUACCCUUCCACCCUCUUUGCCUUGUCGCGAGGCUGAGUUUACGGAGGUGUACACUCACCUCUCCGCUGCCAUUGCGGAGGGGACCGGAUCGUGCAUUUACAUCUCCGGAACUCCUGGGACUGGAAAAACCGCUACGGUUCGUGAGGUUAUCUCACAGCUGCAGUACCUGGUGGCCUUGGAGGAAUUGGACGACUUUACCUUUGUUGAGAUCAAUGGAAUGAAGGUCACGGAUCCCCACCAGGCUUAUUCCCUUCUUUGGGAGGCGGUUAAGGGUGACCGUGUAAGCCCCUCGCAAGCCUUGGGAUUGUUGGAGUCGGAGUUCAGCACCCCCAGUCCCCGGAGGGUUCCUUGUGUCGUCUUGAUGGACGAACUUGACCAAUUGGUUACGCGGGGCCAAGGAGUCAUGUACAAUUUCUUCAAUUGGCCCGGGGGACGGUAUUCUAGGCUUAUCGUUUUGGCUGUUGCGAAUACCAUGGACUUGCCCGAGAGAACCUUGAGCAAUAAGAUCUCAUCACGAUUAGGUUGGCGCCCAAACACCCUCAACUAUUGAGAGAUCCAGCUAAGUUGUUCAACAGGUCUUACCCGAAUCACAUUUCCCGGCUACACCCACUCGCAACUAAUGACAAUCAUCCAAUCCCGCCUGGACGGUGUGCCCGGUAACAUUGUGGACCCGGACGCCGUUCAAUUCGCUAGUAGAAAGGUGGCCGCUGUGUCCGGCGACGCCAGAAGAGCCUUGGAUAUAUGCAGGCGCGCGGUCGAGAUUGUCGAAUACUCCUCCAAAGAAGAGGGGGAUGAGCAAGCGCCCCCUUCCCCGUCCAGGCGGAAGAGCGGGGGCGUCUCCUCCCCAUCACGUGGCGGCGGCCUCAGAGCCGGCGGGAGGGUGACCAUUGCCGUUGUCAAACAGGCAAUCCAAGAAGCUACUUCUUCCCCUUUACAAAUGUUCCUGAAGACCACUUGCCUUUCUUCCAAGAUAUUCAUCACGGCCCUUCUACUCCGUAACCGUCGUUCGGGGGUCGGCGAAGGUAUUCUCCGCGAUGUCCUCGAUGAGGCGGAAAGGAUAGUUCGGAUUCAGGGCGUUGCGGAGGAAGAACUAGGCGGCGGACCAAGAGUUGGUGGAAUAGAGGCUGCGGUUAAGGGAUUGGUCGAAUCUGGGGUUCUCGGUGUGGAGAAGCGAGGUGGGGGUGGGGGGAGAGUUAGAUUUUUGAUUGGCGAGGAGGAGGUUAAAGCUGCGCUCAGGGAGGAUCCGGAUGUUGGGGGCGUUGUUGGCAGGUAG